UCUGUAUUGAUUGUUAUGAUGGACACGGAGCCUGUAGUCUCAUCUGACCCACUGCAGCCAGUAGUUACCCCCAAGUUAUCUGUGUAUGCCGAGAAAUUGGAUUCCAUUGGGAAGAAACGAUAUGAAGAGAAAUUGUCUUUGCUUUCUGGAUUCGACCCAAUGCUGGGCAUUCCUCGUGGUGCGAAACCUGUUGAGCCGUGUGUGGAAAUGUCUGACCUUAUGUCCUACUUGGUCCAUGAAACGAGUUUCUGCUCCAAAAAGCAGUUUAAAGCAAAGAAGGGCCUUGACGCAUAUAACCAGUUCGUAUCAGGUUGGGUGAAGGAAGUGAAGUCGUUCGAGUGCUGCGGGAAACAUGUCACUGUAGCACGGGUCCGUCACUCACAAAGGUUCAGCGAAACACCACUACACUGUUGGCUUAUCACAGACCCCGAUGGUGUUGUCUGCUGUGCGCACUGCAACUGUAUGGCAGGCUUGGGAGAAACGUGCACACAUGUUGCUGCUACUCUGUUUUUCCUGGAGGCUGUUCAUCGGCAUAAGGAACCCGCCGCGACCGUAACUGGAGUGCCAUGCCAGUGGAAGGUCCCAACCUUUCAGAAGGAAAUGGAGUAUGCCAGGGUAGCAGACAUUGAUUUCUCGUCGCCUCAGCAGAGGCAGGAAGCACUUGAUCGAGAUGUGUCACCUCCCCCAAGCCCAAAGCGCCUCUGUGUGAAGCUACCCUCAGACGCCGAGAAGCAGUGCUUCUAUAAGACCCUUGCGUCCCUGAAAACGAAGCCCGCCGUCCUGUCCGUCAUCAAGCCUUUCCUAUCAGGUUAUGUACCAGCAUCAACUUCACCCACCCUCCCGAAGCCACUGAAUAGCCUUUAUCAAGAGGAAUGCCUCGCUAUGAGCCAUGAGCAGCUUCUUGAUGUGUGUGCACAGAGUAAUGUGGACAUAAGCGAGAGGGAAGUGGCAGCUGUUGAGACAGCUACAAGGAUGCAAUCUGGCAGCAGAGUGUGGUUUGAACAAAGAGCCGGCCGUGUGACGGCUUCCCGAAUGUAUGAUAUAUGUCACACAUCUGCGCAGUCUCCAUCCAGGAGCCUCAUCCAGGCUAUAUGCUACCCCGAUCCUCUGCCAAAGGGUGCUCCCUCUACACGCUGGGGACAAGAACACGAAGGCCCUGCACGGGAGCGGUACACUGCUAUGAUAUCUGCCAAUCACAUGAAUUUCGAGGUGUCUGAUUCUGGUUUAGUCAUCAGCAAGGAGCUGCCAUUCAUCGCUGCCUCACCGGAUGGCAUUGUCCAAUGUGAUUGUUGUGGAUCCGGUCUGGUGGAGGUGAAGUGCCCUUAUACUCAUCGGGGGACUCCAUUGGAUUCGGCUUCCCAGGACAAGAAGUUUUGCCUGGAAAUGGUUGGGAGCAAGUUACAGCUCAAGCGGACUCACGCUUAUUAUUUGCAAAUCCAGACCCAGCUGUAUGUUACGGGAGCAGAUUUCUGUGAUUUGUGUUUGUGCCUCUUCUGUGAGGAUGGCAAGAAUGAUUUACAUGUUGAACGCAUCUACCCGGACUGUGAUGCCUGGAAGGACUUCAUUACAAAGGCGAAGAAGUUCUUCUUUGGGUGCAUCUUGCCAGAGCUCGUUGGGAAAUGGUAUACGUCCAAGGGUGCUCGUCUUAGUAUUGGCACUACCAUGGGCCCUCAACAACCACCACCAAUGUUGUCGCCUGCCAGAGAAGCCACAUCUUCCUCGACAGUCCAAAUGACGACGCAAAGCCUCUCUCUUCAGUCAGCUGCGAGCAUCGCCCAAGUCCAGUAUCCGAUGGCGUCGAGUCUGGCACUUCAUUCGCCGUCAAUGGUGAAGGCCUGCUGCAAGAGUGGAUGCUCCUAUUCUUUAGAUCUUCGUCCUUGCCGCUGUGGUCACCACUUUCAUCAUAUAUGUACGACUGAUGAGGAUGGAAAGCUGUGUGCUUGCUGUUAUACAGCGUACCCCUUUUUAUAGUCAUUGACGUAUUCGUCAUUUUGUGUUAUUUAUGGUGGUAGUGCCACUCAUUAACCACUAUAGUUUCCCUUGCCACUGGAAAUGACCUUAGCAUAUAUAGCUCGCGUGUGUGUGUGUGUGCGCGCGCGCGCGUGUGUGUGUGUGUGCACAUGUGUGUGUGUGCGUGCGUGUGUGCCUGUACGCACAAUGAACGAACAGCUUUUCGCUAUCAUUGCUGUUGCAAUGGGCAAGUAACGGGUGUGUGUAUGUGUUUAUGAAGAAGGAUUCCGGUUGUAUACCCCAGUGACACAGUACUCUCUUGGCUGCCUGGCCCCUAACUACUGUACUGCGGGCAUGACCAUUACAAGUUAGUCUAGUAGGAUGUUUUUGUUUAUAACCUGAGAAUGUGGAGAGCAUGAACGCGAAUGUUUUCUGAUUUUCUGAAUUUCUUUGCUAAAUUUGAUUUCUUCUUUGCCUGCCUGACGUACGAGUAGUAGUUUUGUACAAGUAUCUCUCCACAUCUGCUAAUAUUAGUCCGUAAAAGCGGCAUCCUUCCUUGGCUGUUCCCCAGUCCAAUACAAUACCACUACCUCACAA